GUUUUACUGCGCUCUGUAUCCAUAUUUGUGAGCGCUGUUGACUUGAACUGUUUGUAAAAUGUCUGAGGCGGAUCCUAUCUAUGCUCCCUUUUUUGGUGUUAUCGGUGCAGUUUCCGCUGUCGUUUUUUGUUGCUUGGGAGCUGCCUAUGGAACUGCAAAGUCCGGUGCUGGGAUAUGCUCCAUGGGGGUGAUGAGGCCAGAGCUGAUCAUAAAAUCCAUCAUUCCUGUUGUUAUGGCUGGUAUCAUAGCCAUUUAUGGUCUUGUCGUUGCAGUUCUCAUAGUUCAACGUGGCCAGGACUUGAAAAAGCUUGAUGUGUCUUUAAACCAGCUAGGUGCCGGUUUGAGCGUUGGACUCAGUGGACUUGGUGCAGGAUUCGCAAUAGGUAUAGUCGGUGAUGCAGGAGUUCGAGGCACCGCUCAACAGUCAAGGCUGUUUGUUGGGAUGGUGCUUAUUCUUAUUUUCGCUGAGGUCCUUGGUCUAUAUGGAUUAAUUGUUGCACUUAUCUUGUCUACAAAGUAAUAUGUUUUACCUCGAGUGUCCUACUUACUCUGCUGUCGUCCAUUAUCAAAUUACUUCAGAACCAUCUCUUUUGACUUACUUAUCAACAUACCAUUGAUUUUAUGUCGUCUGUGAAAUCUGUUCAGUGACACUUUGUAGCAUACACUCAGUUGUCUUGCUGAUAUUCAUUUAUCCUUAUACUUGACCAAACAGUCCAUUCCAAAUCAUGCACGUCCAGCGGAAGCUGAUUCUUCUCAAAUUUUGGACGUGGCUAGUACAUACUGAUUUCUUUCAUUUUUUGUAAGUGAUUGCCACUGUCAAUUAGCCAGUGGAUCAUGUCAUGUUUAUUAACUGUUCAGUAUGAAUGCAUAUUCUGCUUUAAGUUAGCCUAAUUGAAUGCUGGACACAUGCAUAAUAAUUUCUCUCUGUGGUUAUUGUCUUUUGUAUGUCAAGUUGAAGAUUAAGUUAUAAAUAUAGAGUUUUCUCAAUAAAUUUAUUUAACUGCUCUACCAUGGCAAAACCGAUGUUUACUGUUAGCUGAAUUUCUGCUCACAAAGCAUAAACUGUGGUGUUUUUGGUUUGGAUGACUUCCAGGCUAAAUAAAACCUGUUUGAGUCACA